GAUUCCCCCAAAUGAGACGGUUGUCUGGUUAAGCGCCGCCAGGCCAGUUGAACUUACGUCUUAAAUCCAAUUCUCAGCGGUCUAUGAUCCCAUGGCUGUUCUCAAAGCUGUAGCUACGUUGAGUGACUGAGGGAAACGAUAGGUCAAGUACCUACGUUGAAAAUGGCCCAAACUAAGGACUAUUCUCGCUUGCCUUCCGAGGAAGGCAAUGGUAUCGAUGGAUGCCCUGAUAGAGCGUCGUUUCUGCUGCGCUUCAGAAUAAUAUCAUAUGUCUUAGGAAUCCUGCUAAGCUGGCUCGCCAUGUUGGCCUUGGGCUAUCUACUUGGGCUCUCUAUCAACCAUACGUCUGCGCUCACAGCAUACCAACCCGUCGGUGACUUACAUUACUAUAUGCACUUCAACGGGUCUUUUGCUCAGCGUUCUGAUUCGAAAAGCGAUUCCCUCUGGGACUCUCUCUUCCCGGAAAAGCUGGGCUUUGUUAAACACCCGAAACUGGCGCCUAAUGUUGCUGGCGUUGCUGUUUUUCACGAGUUGCACUGUCUGAAUAUUUUGCGCGUCGCGUACUUCGCUUCUUUGGACGGUACAUUGGCAGAGCUUGGUGGCGAUGAUCAAGAAGCCAAUCAUCGCACUAGUUCUCAUCAUAUCCGCCAUUGCUUCGAAUACCUUCGACAAUCAUUGAUUUGCCUGGCUGAUUCUAAUCUAGAGGACAUGAAUUACACUGCCCGGGGUAUUUCUGGGUGGCAAACGGAGCGGACGUGUCGGAACUUCGAAGGCUUGAAAACCUGGGCGGAUCAAUGGGGUAUUACAAGAGAGGAGGCGCUACAUGACUGGGAUCGCGAAAUCCAUUCCAUAAACCCCUGAGCCACGUGCUACCAACGAGUAAUUAGUCGGCAGGGUCAG